GUUGUAUGCAGCUGGGGGGCAUCGCAUUUCACAUCUGGAGAAAGCAGAUGUUGCGCUUUUGGGAAGCUCGCGCUGCGUUUCCGCGCUGUCAUUGUUUCCGUUUCCACCUCCGAGAAGCCUCACGCCUCCACAUAUCUCUUUUUGUUUUGCCUUGAAUCCGUUACGUUACGUGGUAGUUUGAGCUAUCUGAAGUUUGAGAAAAGUUGAUAUUUUUUUUUUCCAGCCAUGGGGGACAUCGAGGCUCCCAACUCGAAUCGGCCGCACCAGAAUGUCCUUCUCUCUGUUCUUCCGAGCAAAGAGUUCGCCUCCUCAAGGAAAGGAAUGCUGCUUAUUGCCGAAGUGGCACUAUCCUUUAUAUCAUUUGUGUGUUUCGCGGCAUCCACAGCAGCAGCCUUUGUGACAGUUCCCCUGCUGGAGUUCCUGGCAGCUCUCUUCUUGAUGUUCGCUUACUCCACCAAAUUCAAUGAGAGGUUUAAAGGCUUCCUCUGGCCUCUUAUGGAUUUCUUGAGAUGUGUGACCGCCUCCAUUAUCUUUUUCAUCAUCUCAAUAAUUGCAGUGUCCAAAUAUGUGGACGGUUCCUCUAAGGCUGCUGGGAUAUUUGGGUUCAUUGCCACCAUCGUUUUCGCUUUAGACUUUUACCUAAUUUUUAAUGAGCUGGCCACUUUCCUGAAGCAAGGCGGAGGGGAGUCCAAUGAAGAGCCAUCAAGACAGCAAGAUGAGUUUUCAGACUCUGAUUCAGACUGAGACCACAGACCAGCACCACCAUGGGAUCUUCACCAGCUGACAUGUUUGAUCAUAUAAAACAAACCUUUGCAGGAGAAAUUUCCACUGCUGAGCUAUCAUCUGCAAAGAUGCACACAUGUUUUAUUAUGUCACAAGGUUACAUGAAUACUAUGUACAGUAGAAAUCACAUCAAGGUUGCAUUAUUGGUUGGUUAAAUAUGUGCAUUCAUUGGUAGUUGGGGGACUUUCUCGCUACAGUCUCCUAGAGCCAAAAGGAGGGGGGACCAGACCCUGUUCACUUCUUCUGUUGAGCAUCCAAGGGUAGAAAUGUAUUUCACACAUCAAUCAUGUCAAGACAUUCAGGAAACAAGUCUAAACGGAUGUGUCAAAUAUGUUUAAAUUACAUUACAAGUGUUUUUAAAUUAAUGCUUUCAUGCUCAAACUCAUAUCCAGUGUCUUAGAUGAUUUGGGAAAAAUAUAAAUGCCAACCUGAUACUUAAAUAAUUAUAAAGCUGUGAAAUUGUUCUUAAAAGCUGUUUGUACGAUCUACAUGUGGGAGCAUGUCUCUAAAUCUGAAAUAAUGACUAAUAUUGACAUUUUGGGCAUGACCCUAUUUACAGACAUAUUCAACUACAACACUAAAUUAAUGUCCUUAGUAAAUACAUGUUUAGGAGUACUAAUGAAGUAUGUAAGUGGAGCAUCAUCUUCAUCAUCAUUUAUAAUGUUACAGUAUUACUAAAAAACUUAUGUACAGUAUACAGAACAGAUUGGUUGCAGGUUGGCUGGUUACAACCUCUGUCCAAUUGUCUAAACUCUACAAGAGUGUAUUUUUUAUAAUUUGAGGAUAAUGUUCGUUUAUCUGCCUUUAAAUUUGACUUUUGGGUCAACAGAGUUCCUGUGGCGUUCUGUAGUGCAUGACAACUUCUGGGUCAUUACAUAGUUUUUAUGUCCCAAAAUGUUAAAGUAGGUAAACAUUUUCAAACAUGUUUAAUUAACCCCAAAUUCGAGACUCUCCUCUUAUGUUUCAGUUUGUCUGCUGUAAGUGCUUCAUACAACCUGUGUUUGAAUAACGGUGCAUUGAAGCCACCAAAUGCAUUAUUAUUUUGUUAAAUGCUAGAUAUUCUAUAUGUGAAUCUUUUUUUGUGUAUUGAAAAGCAUCCAUGCUUAUUGGUUGUGCAGUCACUUGUUUUUGCAUGUAUGUUUGAGUCUUCAGUUCUUCCACUGCCACUACUGAAGAACUAGAUGCACUAGAACGCCACAGUGACUGUUAUUUGUAUUUACACUGCACUACUAAGUGUUACAACAGCACUGUGAAUUGAAAAUGGAUGAAUCAACAGCUGUUCAGAGCAAUUGGCAUAUUAAUAGUUAAGAAAAAGAAAAUACUACCAAAGUUGCAGUUACAUCCAAUAAUUAUUCACCGUUGUGCUUUUUAUGGGUUUUGAUAGUUUGUUACUUCUGUUGGUUCAUCUACUGUAUAUUAAGAUUUAGUUUAAAUGUUGCCCAGGCAGGAAUAUGCAAAAGUCGUUGUUAAUAAACUGAGACUAAAAUUGAGAAAUAGCUCCCAAUGUCAGCUGAGAGCUUUAUGUGCACACAUCUGCCGGGGAAGGAAUUCUUUAGUUUAUCUGCAAAAUUCAACAUCACCAAAUCUGGAGAUGCAUGGUUUUCACUGGACAGCUACAAAACUCACCUAUACCCCUUCGCCAAACAAAAUUAAAAAAAAUAAUCCUCUGAUGAAGAUGAACACAGCACCGUUUUAUAAAUAAGGGCCUCUUGCUGAACUAUUGCUGGUAAUAUAUCAAGUUUGUUUUUUACUGUUUUGUGCAAAACAAAAUGUUUGAAUAAAAAAGAGCUAAUUUCAA